UGGGCACAGCGAGCCACCGUCCAGAAACGGUGUAGAAUAUCAGUAGCGACGCUGAGGAAGAGCGGCCAGAAAGACCAGCGACGCUUCCAGGUGCACGCUAACGGCACAGGAGAGCCAUUCAGAAGAGCCGGGGGUCAAAGGUGAGAAGAGCAGAGGGCACCAUGGAGAGUGAGCCGGGGGCCCCUGCUUCCACGGCAGGCAGCAGCGGGACCACGUCCACCCCCUCCACCACCAGCUCCUCCAGCACCACAGCCGCCAGCAGCAGCACUGCUUCAAGCGCCACGACUGCUACUGCUACUCCGACUACUACCACUUCUACUUCCACUAGUAAUAGCAGUAGCAGCAGUAGCGGUAACACGAGCAGCAGUUCCGUGAGCACUACUGCAGCGGGAAGACAGGCCGUGCCUCAGAUAUCUGUUUACAGUGGAAUACCUGAUCGACAGACGGUGCAGGUGUUCCAGCAGGCUUUACACAGACAGCCUAACACAGCAGCACAGUACCUGCAGCAGAUGUACGCAGCUCAGCAGCAGCAUCUCAUGCUGCAAACCGCCGCCCUGCAGCAGCAGCACAGCCUCAGCACCGCUCAGCUCCAGAGCUUGGCUGCAGUACAGCAGGCCAGUAUUGCAGCUGGCAGGCAAAGCACUUCACAAAAUGGCACUUCAUCUCAGCAAACAGGAUCAACUCAGGCCACAAUCAACCUGACCACCACCCCUGCGGCGGCUCAGCUGAUCAGCCGGGCCCAGAGCAUUAGUUCCACUCCCACUAGUAUUUCCCAGCAGGCUGUUCUGCUGGGCAGCCCAUCCAGCCCCACUCUCACAGCUAGUCAGGCACAGAUGUACCUGCAUGCACAGAUGGCACAGCAGAGUAACCUGGUCCAGGUGGCCAGGAGCCUGGGUCGGGCCGUCCCACUGUCCUCACAGCUCAUCUUCACCCCAGCUGCCACCGUGACUGCAGUGCAGUCGGAGAGCUCCACGCAGGCUUCGUCUCAGAAUCAAGUCCAGAACCUGGCCAUCCGCGGCCAGCAGGGGGCGACAACGUCCUCCUCUCAGACUCAGACCCUGCAGGCUCUCAGUCUCAAGCAGAGCCCUGUGCCCAUUCAGCCCGCCUCGCUGGUCAAGAGCUCCAGCCAAGGGAGCCAGACCUCCGCAGGGGGCAAGUCCAGCUCGUCUGACAGCCCGUCCGAAGGAGGGAAGAAGGGAGACCCCGCAGCGGUCACGGAAGUCCGGGCGAUAAACAUGAGUCGCAGUGUCACGGCUGUCAGUGCCCAGCCACUCAUUGCUCCAGCCUACACCCAGAUUCAGCCUCAUUCGCUGGUUCAGCAGCACAAGCAGCAGCAGUUCGUGGUCCAGCAGAGCCAAGGUUCCCAGAGGACGACGGGCCAGCUGCUGCAGACGGCCUCCAUUCAGCCGUCGCCGCACCCGGUCCCGGUGCUGCCCAAGCCCGCUCCUCACCAGCCCUCCGCCCCCAGCCAGCAGGCCACCAUCUUUCACUCCACCAUCAGCCCCCAUGCCAUCCACUCCUCCCUCAACCAUGCCAAAGCUCAGCCCGUCCAGCUCACCGCCAUCAACCUGCAGAUACAGCCAACAGCGUCUCGGUUGGUUCAGGAAUGUAAAGAUAAGCCAACCUCGCUGGUGGUCAGAGAAACAUGUCAGACCUCUUCCACGACACAACAGCAGCAGCAGCAACAGCAACAGCCACCACAAACACAGGCUGCACGUCCCCCAUCGCAACCCCCCAAGCCUGUAGAGCAGCCCAAGGUCGACCCUGCCACACCAGCUGUUCAGCCACAAGGAGGGAGCUCAAAGAGGCCAAGCGCGACAGCGGCCACCCCACCUCUCGCCAUGACCUCAGGAAAUGAGAACGAGGCGCCCACCGUGCCGGGCAGCACGCCACAGAACGGAGAAAACAAACCGCCUCAGGCCAUCGUCAAGCCGCAGGUCCUCACGCACGUCAUCGAAGGCUUUGUCAUCCAGGAGGGAGCGGAGCCCUUCCCCGUGUGUGUGGAGCGUCUGCCUAUUCUCAUCGACAGCCCAAAGAAGCUGGACCAUCAGCUCUCCUCGGAUCCUGACAGAACUCCAGUCAGCAACGCAGCAAACAGCGACUCCGAGGCCGACGACAUGCACCAACCAGAGAAAGAACCGAUGCUGACUUGUGAAUACUGCGGCGGGGUCAACGUGGCGUCUGCGUUCAAGGGCUCUAAGCGGUUCUGCUCAGUGGCUUGUGCGAAGAGGUACAACGUGGGCUGCACAAAGCGUAUUGGACUUUUCCGUCCAGAGAGGACCAAACCGACCAAUCGCUGGCGUCGGAGAUCUCAGGGUCGCCCCAGCAUAGAGGCGAAAAAACAGAAGCUGUCGCCUUCGCCGCAGCAGACUCAGGGCGGGUUCGUUUCCUCCCCUCACCCCUCGCAGCCCAGCCAGGAGGAGUCCAGCCCCUGUUCGGACAUGUCCAGCUACGAGGAGCCUCCGUCGCCGCUGUCCGCCGCCAGCUCAGGACCCCUCGCCCCAAAUCCCGCCGCCGUCCACGUCCCCGUCCACCGGCAGCCGAGCAGGGCGUCGGAUCAGGAAGGCUGCACGGACAGAGAUCCACAGUCGCUCUGCCAGCGCUUCGUACCCAACGACCCCACCAGGUGGAACGUGGAGGAAGUUUACGAGUUCAUCCGGUCACUGCCAGGGUGUCAGGAGAUAGCAGACGAGUUUCGCUCUCAGGAAAUCGACGGACAGGCCCUGCUCCUGUUGAAGGAGGACCACCUGAUGAGCACCAUGAACAUUAAGCUGGGACCUGCGCUCAAGAUCUUUGCACGCAUCAACAUGCUCAAAGAUUCAUAGCAGGAAAGUGUGCGUGUGUGUAUAUGUGUGUGUGCGUGUAUGUGGAAAGACUGUAGCACUUACAGUACAGAGUACUGACUGCACUGUGAUCUGGCCUUCUCUGCAUCUCCGGACUGGUUUCGUUUGAUACAGAAACUCACUCGAGCUUGACUUCAGCCCUUGAAUAGAUGAUACUCUCCUAAAAUCAAGCCAAUCACAUAAUGAUCAGUGAUGUUUACUCCCAGGAUUGUUUUUGUUCUUAUUCAUUUUAACUGGAUAAUGAAGGUCUCUGAUAAUGGAGCCUGCAGUGUAGAGAGGGAAAUGGUAUCCCUUGGUUUACACCAGGUGUAGCUGCACUGCAGCUCUUCUCCAUCACGACUUCAGCAGCUCACACCAGUUGUUUACCAGUUGACAUUUCUUUGAUUCCCCCCUCCCAAACUUUUGUUCCUCUACUCUUUUGUCGUAAGUUAUAAUCUACCAGUCAAUUAAUGAAAUACAACUUGCUGCCAAAACAAGAUUUAUUUGGUGAAUGACCAGAUUCUCAAUGCUUUUUUUUUUUUUUUUUUUGUGGGAACGUACCGCCUGGAACUUCCUCUGCAUCUUGAUGUGGCUCCUGUCAAAAAUAGACCUGCUGUGAAAUGACUGUGGAGGAGAGCGUCUGGAACAGGGUUGAAAUGCACACUGCCGUGCCUGGUGUGAACUCGACUCACUCGAGCAUCGUCUCGAGCGGCCGCAACACCCUCGGUAAUGAUGCCCAUGCUGUGCCUGGUGUCAAUUAGGGCAAGUGUAUGUCUACAUGUGCGUGAAAAUAUUAAAUAAAUCAUGGUUUUUUUUAAAAUAGUGACAGCAAUUAAAUGCUUUUUGCAACCUCAAGUCUAAAUAAGGUGGACGCCAUGAGUCCUUAUUUUACUCUUCAUUAUCCAUAAAUCAUGCAGAAGGUGUUGAAACUUAAAGAUUUUAACAUUUGAUGGAAUAUAAUGGCAUAUUUUUAAUUUGGCAGCAAAAUACCUCAAAGGUAAAACAGCUUGUCAUGUUUCUGUAAUAUGCAAAUGUCUUUAAAGCAAAUAGACCAGUUCCGAGAGUGGCCUAGGAAUACUGUUUCCUUUUCAUUGUCUUUCUUAAUCUCCUGAAGAUUAUUUCUCUGCAUUUAAUCUGACCCAUUCAUAAUUAACGACAACUACACACGGUAGGAGCAGCGUGCUGCCACGAAGUGGUGUGUGAGGAUCUGUUGACACGAAAGCCUUGUUCACAAAGCCACAGUAGUAACCUGUCAGCUGCAGGAUUUGAACCUGCAAUCCCCCCACUAGUCACAAGCUCACCUCUGCCCUUGAUGUGCAUCAGAAUGAAGAAAUUUCCCAUUCUCAACCACAUACAGUUUUAAAAGGUGAUGUGCUUUCGUCGUGCAUCUGAGGUUAUGGAUCAGAUCUCGUCCCUCUCAAACCACUCAUCCUUCAAAAUAAAUCUGAAUAAUAUGCUAGAGGUCACUCAACUCCCUUUCCCUUCCUUUUCAGGCUUUGUCACAAAGAGGUACAAAUUACCCUUUUAUCUCCAGAACGAAAGGUCCCAGACAGCAGCUCCGCUUUCCUUGACUCAUCCUUCGAUUAUCAGCAGCAUCUGUUCAGGUCCAAUCACACUGGAGCAGAAUUAAGAUAACAAGAGUGCUUAUUAAUAGCAGGUUUAUAUGCAAAGGCUCUUAUCAAAUGUCGUCAUCCAGAUGACACGUCUAGAUGCAGAUUCUUAUUCUGAUACUGUUAAAUGGAAUCCAGGGAUUUGGCUCAAGGGAAAGAAAUAGAAUCUCAGUUUGAAAAGUGAAGAAAAUAGGGCUGAGAGAACAAGCAGAGUGCUCUACCUGUUCGGCUGUGCCUGGGUUGGUGCAGAAUCGAGGCGUUGAAACAAAACCCGAUUGAAGUCUGAAUUUAUUAUCAUCAUUAGACAUGUUUUUGUACUGUUUUGUUAGCAUGUGAAUGAGAGAGCGGGAGAGAUGGCUGUGUGUGUGUGUGGCUGGGAACAGAAGAUUGCAUUCAUUAAUUUGCUCAUUUUUAUUCAGCAGAUGCUCCUUUGCCUUUUCUCACAAUGAGGCUCGCACAGGCCGCGAAUACAAAGCUUCAAUGCAGAAAAACCAUUUAAGCAGCUACUUUUGUGACAUUGAUUUUCCUUUCAGUCCAGCUUUCUGCUGUGGAUUUAAACUGCUCGCAAAUGAUUUUUGGGGUGUUUUUUUUUCUUCCUCUUCUUUUUUUUUUUUUUUAACAAUGAUUUACUGAAAUAUGACUUUGAUUUCUUUCCAUGGUUUCAUAAGAGGACACCCAAGUUAUCCAGGGAACAAUCGGGGUGUGCUCCUCCUUUCACACAGCCCUGCUCUCGGCACUUCAUUUCUUCUGUUUUCAUCCAUGCUAACAUAUGUCGCCAAAUGUGAGAAAUCCGGUCUGGUAACACAAAGGUUUGUGUACAUAGCAGCUCAAGAAAAGGAAGAGAGUGUGAGACUGUCAUUUUAUUAAGUUAUCAUUUUUUUUAUUUCAAAACUAAAAUUUUAAUGGUGUUCAAUAUUUUUGAAAUAUGCAAAUGUAUAAAAUAUCACUAGCCUGGGAGUUGUUUGUAAUGUCUCUUUUUCUAAUGGCAAGAUGAUGAUAUCUAUAUGUGUUUUGGUGUGUGUACCUUUUUUAGAUAACACUUUGUCAAAUGCUUGUAUUUAUCAAAACAGUUUGUUACACAUUUUGUAGUUAUAAAUAAUUUGCAAUACAAUUUUUGGCUUGAGAUGUUUUUUGUGUCUCUGUAU